UGCAUUUCGGCUGGUACCGGUAGCAAGAGUUAUCGAAUGACAAGUAAAAUUGACAUUUACGGUGUUUUCCAUCGAGAGGCUCUUCCUCAUUUAUCCUCCAGUUUUGAAGGUUCUUCGUGCCGCCUUGAUCGCCCCGCCUCGCACUCGGUCUCGUCCGUUUGGCUCACAGCUCAGCCAUGAGGAAACUCUGGGGCAAAGCGGGUCUGUUGGGGUCGGUGUCGGUGGCGUUCGGCUCGUUGCUCUGGUCGCAGAAGAAGGUGGAACCGGACCAGGUCGCCUCUCGUAACACGCCUGCUGACACAAACCCCAGCUCUCCCUAUGAACUGAAGCUGGUUCAGGUCUUGUUCCGGCACGGCGCUCGGACGCCGCUGAAGUCCAUCCCCGACGUGCUGGAGGCCCAGUGGGUGCCGACGCUCCUGGAGCCUCCGCCACACACACACAUCAACUACGUGGUCAGGGACCUUCAGGGGGGGCCGCAGCCCCCGGCGCCCGUGGAGGACAGCUACCGGAAGAACAUACUGACGGGCGGCACGUUCCCCGGCCAGCUGACCACGCUGGGCAUGCAGCAGCUGUACGAGCUGGGCAAGCGGCUGAGGAGGAGGUACAUCGAGGACGACGCCUUCCUCGGCUCCACCUUCAGCCCAGCGGAGGUCUAUGUGCGCUCCACUAACAUUGUGAGGACCAUUGAAUCUGCCAAGUGCCUGAUAGCCGGGCUCUUCCAUCAAAAACAAACAGAAACAGUUCACAUCCUCACAACCACGGGAGAAUCAGAGAUCCUCUAUCCUAACUAUCACGGAUGCAAGCUGCUCAAACUCCUUUGCAGCCACCGCUGGGCAGAGUCGUCCACUCUGCCAGACAUUGCCGCAGACCUGCAGAGCAUCCAGAGCGCGCUGGGGAUCGCUGCUCACCAGCGCGUCGACUUCAUCCUCAUUAGGGAUGACAUGGUUGCCAGAGAGACUCACGGCCUGCCCUGCCCACCAGCGCUGGACAGCUGGAGAGAGAAGGUGGAGCAGAGGGCUGUGGACAUGAUGUGCCAUGUGUUUCAACCCAGCAAGAGGGAGAACCUGCAGCUGUCCGUCGGGCCACUCCUGCACAUCCUGUUAAAUAACAUUGAGGAGAAAGUCCAGGGCACUUCAGCGGAGCCGAACAGGAAGCUGUUUUUAUACUCUGUGCACGACACCACUCUGAUUCCCUCUCUGAUGGCUCUGGGGAUUUUCGACAUGAGGUGGCCACCGUAUGCAGCCGAUCUCACGCUGGAGCUGCACCAACACCAGCAGACCAGCGAGUCCUUCGUCAAGGUGUCGUACAUUGGCCAGGACCAGCUCCUGCCAGGCUGCAGUGGAAUCUACUGCCUGCGGAGUUCAAACAAGAUGCUGUCGCGGUAUUCGCUGAGCUCGGAGAACUACCAGACGCUCUGUAACAGCACAGACGACUCGACCGAAACCGAACCCUGACCCUGAACCCUCCACAACCCAACCAGGCACACAUCAUGGCUUCCCACAUCCUCCGCUAACACUCACUAAAGUCACUUCUGGAUUUAUCUAUGCUUUCCUUACAAUCAUUCAAUGCGGUGGUUCACAACCGCGUCUUUCUUUCUUGGAGCCUCACUGAGAAAAGCUGCGCACCAUCAGAAUACCGAUUUGCUAAAACAUGACAGUGACGCUAAACAUUAACGGACACAAACACUCUCACCAACAAACAGUAGCAGCCGGAAGUUUCCCGGGUCUGCUUCACUUUAAUGUGAAUCAAGUUUUGACAUCCUCAGAGCACUUCUGCCGAGAGUGAAGAGCAGUGAAUGAAGUGGUUAUGUACUGUAAACCUGAUUUCACUCUUGUGUUCUCUAAGUUUUUUUCCUUUAUGAUACUGAAACCCACACAAACGGCACAUGAAUACACCUUGCCGUUUUUAAAAAGAUUUCUUUUAAACAUUUAGCAAAAAGCACUGAAAGACGAGGAAGUCGUGCAUUUAUUGGGACUAUUUAUUUGAGUGGGUAUUUAUCAAGACAUUGCAUGAAUGUUUUAAAUAAUGGUAAUGUCGUUACGUAUAGUAAAUCUGUGGCUCUUGUGUCUAUCCUUUUAUUUUUUUAAACAGGUUUUUGUUUCAUGAUGUAUACCAGGUGUACACUAUACAAGAAAUUCAAUGUUGGUUUUGCUUUUUUUCUUUUUCUUUUUGUGGUUGUUUGACAAAAUAAGCAAUACUAUCAGCCUUUUCCUCAUGAACAGAAAGCAUUACAGAAAACUAAUCCCGCUCCGACACAUGGACUACUUGAAGCUUGGACAAUAAGGAAUCAAUGAAUGUAUCCGAUUGCUGAUGCAAUUAUUCUGCCAAAUUGGUUGGGUUCACAACCAUAUUAUCUAAAGUAAUCAUUUCAUUCCUCAGGGGAAUACUGUGAGUUUCAUGUCCUGAAUUUAAUAUCUAAGAAAGAAGGUUUCCAGCAGGUAGACCUAGCAGCAGUGUGUGAACAUCUCCAUGACUUCUGAGACGCUUUACACGACGCUUCAGGAUGGAAACGUUGCCUUUCUCAUGAGGAUCCGUUGGUAUUAUAAGACCAGUCUGCAUGGAUUCAUGCUGCUCGUAUAGACCCCAAUGUCUCUGUGUUACAGUAACACAGCAUGUACCUCAUCAGCAGGAGUAAGUUCCUGACCUGCUGCAUUAAAUGUAAAGACAGGGUUUGAA